UCUUGAGAGAUAUUUGGGGAGGAAAUGAAGUCUGCAGUUUCCCUCUCCCUCCAGACCUGUAGAUGGCGGUAAUGCGCUGCCACGUUGUUUACAAUUCGCCAUUGAACCGGAAGCAAUGUACACACGGCUGGUGGUGAUCACACGUGGGACGUUGGUUUAUCAGAGUAAUGUGGUAUAAUCGGUGUAAUUAGAAAACAUGCCGAAGAGACAGCAAGCUACGCCAAAAGAAAAGAAAGGCUCUGAGGCAGGACAUGGGGAAGAGGAAGUCCAGUAUUCGCCGCCGGCUACCAGACAGACCCGUAGCGGUCGAAGGGUGCGCACUCCUGCCUCCCUACUAAACUCUGAAGUCUCGGUGAGGACUCCGAGCAGGAGGACCAGGAGGUCAGUCAUCCAGGAGCUCUCUGUGCUGAAAGAGAAAAACACAGAGGAGCCAGAACCCGGCCGGCGUCCCGCCGGCGCCGAGUUUAACGGCAGCGGAGACAGUCAUCUGUCGAGGUCUGUUCCAGCUAGGACUGUAUCCACAAGCUCAGAGUCCGUCCCACUGAAGAAGACUCGUGUGGCUCCAAGUGGGAAACAAAGCCCGGUCAUUCCGCAGGGAAAACCUAAAUCAGGAAGAGUGUGGAAGGACCGCAACAAGCAGAGGUUCUCUGCGUUGCUAAGAGAUAAACCACUGUGCUCCUCUUGGGAAAAGAAGAUGGAGGCCAAGCAAGAGAAGCAGCUGGUGAAACAGUUUUCGUUGCAGCUUAAAGAGGAGAAAGCCAGACAGAAAGAGGAAAAGAGGAAAAGGAGAGAGGAGAACUUGAAACGUCGGGCGGAGAACGAGCGCAAAGCAGAGAUCGUGCAAGUGAUCCGAAAUACAGCAAAGAUCAAGAGGAUGAAGAAGAAACAACUCAGAAAAAUUGAGAAGAGAGACACACUGGCUCUGCUGCAGAAGUCACAGAAGCAGACCACCAAAGCCAAAAGGCAAAACAACAAGGUCGACCAAGAUUUAACCUAAAGACUGAGAUAAUAAACAUGCAUCUGUUCACUGCUUUGCUUAAAUGUCUUAUGUUUGGAUGUCUGAAAUACAAUGAACACGGUCAGAAAUGUGUCUUUUGAGAGGACUUAUUUGCACAUGGACCUAAUAAAAGUAUUUUUUAAAUGAAGUAUUAUUAAACGAGACCGUGUACUGGCAAGACUGUUGUUGUUUCAGUUGCAGGAUUUCUAAAUGAUAUCAAACUAAAAUUUUUAUUCUUCACUAGUCACAGUAAUUGAUGGUCAGGAAAGCUACAGAAAAAUUAAACUGGCUUUAGUUCUGAGCAUAGUGUAGUAAUCGGUUAAACAGACACCAGCUGAAACGCCACAUCAGAGAAUAGUUCAUUUAAGAUUGAGAUUAUCAUGCAGACAUGGAUUUAACAAUCACUGAAGUAAGUGAGAGUUAACAUACUGGCAUUUGUUGUGACACAUUACAAUGUCUACAUCUGUAUAUGUGAAAGAAUGUGUCAUGAGACAUGGUUUCUUAGAACACAAUGUAUGUUCACCCUAAAUAGCAGAGUAAACUUGGAGAGCAGGCUGCACACAAAAGGCCCUGUGCUUUUCCCUGUCUUUAAUCUCAUUCUACAGAUGUAGCACGACACAUUCUUUAAGGUUCAGCCACAGAAACCU